GACCGAUGGUCUGCACCCCGGUAGAUGCUCCCCAAGCAGCGCCCCCUUCCUCUCCUCCCUACCCUUCGAAGAGCUGAGCCCCACACGGGGGAGCGGAUCUAAGAAGAGGCGAGAAGAGCUCGCACAGGACUCGCCCCUGCCCAGCUCCAUGUCUGCUCCUCGCCGGGAGGGGCGUGAGGGGCUAGCGGGCCCUGGAUACCGGACGGCGGCCCCUGAGGAGUCCCUCCAGUCGGCUUGCUCCGCGGCCUGUGUGGCAGCCUCUUCGGAGUUGAGAGGGAGCCCUGGAGGCUCCCACAGGAUCCCUCCAGAGAUUGGGCAGGAGGGAACGGGAAUCCAGGGAUUGGCUCGCCCCGAAGCGGGUACAAGGUAGCGGGGCGCCCUCCUGCCUAGCCCCUGCUGGGCCUCCCCGCUGCCAGUCCCGCCGGUCACGCUGCGACCCGCAGACCGGGUUGUCAAGACAUCCAGUGCCUCUUGGCCCAAACCCCACUGGGCUGAGGCGGGUGUUUGGCCCCCUCCCCAAGCCUGGCAGCGGAGGGAGAGGGGGCCUGGACCAGAGGGGGCGGGGCAUAACUCUCUCCGGAGGCUAAAGGCGAAAGUGUCAGGGUCCCUUUUUCCACUCCGAGGGACCCUAGGACUGGGAGCUAAACUCUGAGGUGCAGAGCCCGAUCCGCUGGUACCCCCAGGCAAGGCCGCAGGAUCCUACAGCACCUCCUUAUGGCUGAACGGGGGAAAGCAACCUCUUUUAUCCCUCUCCCUUCCACUGUCCCUUAUGCCUGUCCCUUUAAGGGGCUGGCGACGCCGCGGAGUGGGGCGGACUGUACCACCGGCCGCAGACUGCAGGGGGAAAAUCUCGGGCUGACGUGCCCUCGCAGCUGCGACUUCUGCAGGAAGCCUCAUCGAGAGGGGCUUCAUGGUCCCAUAUAGGAAGCCGCCCUUCCGGGCAGAGGGUUUGGAGGCCCUGGAAGCCGAAACCCGGAACUGGGACCGCGGGAGGCCGACAUACCCUCCCUCCUGGGUCGCAAGUCUUGCCCAGGGCCCGCCUCCGUGCUGGGUUCUUAAAGGAGCCGGGGGCCAGGGGGCCGAGCCAGCAGAGGCGCCGAGCCGGGGCAGUGCCUGGGAGAGCGGCCGGAGUUUGCUGGGCUGGACUGGGGACGGCGGUGGCGGCGAUGGCCAUGGAGUGGGUCCCGGCUACGCCCCGCGCGAGUUCCUGAACUGGUGCCAGACAGGUGACACCAUCUUCCUGCAGCCUCCAGCAUGCAGGCAGGCCCGAGCCCCUCCGUCACACUGGCCCUGAUGCUGGCGGUGGCAUGGGCCACAGAGCUCAAGCCGACAGCGCCUCCCAUCUUCACAGGCCGGCCCUUCGUGGUAGCAUGGGAUGUGCCCACACAGGACUGCGGCCCACGCCACAAGGUGCCACUGGACCUGAAGGUCUUCGAUGUGCAGGCCUCACCUAAUGAGGGUUGGGUGAACCAGAACAUUACCAUCUUCUACUACGAUCGGCUGGGCCUAUAUCCGCGCUUUGAUUCAGAGGGGCGGUCUGUUCAUGGUGGCCUGCCACAAAAUGGCAGCCUCCCAGCACACCUGAAGACACUGAAGGCACAUGUGGUUCACUACAUUCGCACACAGGAGCCUGCUGGGCUGGCAAUCAUUGACUGGGAGGACUGGCGGCCUGUGUGGGUACGCAACUGGCAGGACAAGGAUGUGUACCGUCAGUUGUCACGCCAGGUGGUGGCCAACCGCCACCCCGACUGGCCACAGGACUGCGUGAGCAAGCAGGCACAAUACGAGUUUGAGUAUGCUGCACGGCAGUUCAUGCUGGAGACACUGCGGUGGGUCAAAGCAGUGCGUCCCCGGCACCUCUGGGGCUUCUACCUCUUCCCUGACUGCUACAACCAUGAUUAUGUGCAGAACUGGGCCACCUACACGGGUCGCUGCCCUGAUGUUGAGGUUGCCCGCAAUGACCAGCUGGCCUGGCUGUGGGCUGAGAGCACGGCCCUCUUUCCCUCUGUCUACCUAGAUGAAAUACUUGCCUCCUCUGCCCAUGGCCGCAAGUUUGUCAGCUUUCGUGUACAAGAGGCUCUUCGCGUGGCUCACACCCACCAUGCCAACCAUGCACUCCCUGUCUAUGUCUUCACGCGGCCCACCUAUAGCCGUGGGCUCACAGGGCUCAGUGAGAUGGACCUCAUCUCCACCAUUGGCGAAAGCGCGGCCCUGGGUGCAGCCGGCGUCAUCCUCUGGGGUGACGCAGGGUAUACCACGAGCACGAAUACCUGCCGGUACCUCAAGAAUUACCUGACGCAGCUGCUGGUCCCUUAUGUGGUCAACGUGUCCUGGGCUGCCCAGUAUUGCAGCUCGGCCCAGUGUCAUGGCCAUGGACGUUGUGUGCGCCGUGACCCCAGUGCCAAUGCCUUCCUGCACCUCAGCACCAGCAGCUUCCGCCUAGUGCCUGGCCAUGGACCUGGUGAGCCCCAGCUACGACCCGAGGGGGAGCUCAGCAGGGCCGACCUUGACCACUUGCAGACACACUUUCGCUGCCAGUGCUACUUGGGUUGGGGUGGUGAGCAAUGCCAGUGGGACCAUGGGAAGGCAGCUGGGGGUGCCAGCCAGGCCUGGGCUGGGCCCCACCUCCCCAGCCUGCUGGCUCUGACAGCCCUGCCCCUCACCUGGACCUUGUAGGGGUCUCCCACGCAGCUGCCAGGCAAGCUGGCCUCUGCCACAAGGGCUCUGCUGGGCAUGUAGGAGCCUGUAGGAGUAGGCGAAUGAGUCCGGAGGGGGCAGAGCCCCCAGGAUGCCCAGCAAGGCAUCCAUACCAGCUCUCACCACCCCACCUCUGUUCUAAGGGGGAGGGGCAGUCUCCUGGGAGGCCCCAUCUCUCCCUGCUGGGGGGGUGGGGAAGGGGGACAUAACCAGAUAGGGGAGGGCCUGACCCUACUCCCCGGCCCUUGACUAGUUUAUUGUUAUUAUUUUGGGGUCUCUUUUGUAAAUUAAAUAUAAAACAAAUGCUUCUGUGCUUGAACUUUCUGCACCUGGGCCAGGGUAUGGGAGGGAGAUUCCAGGGUCUCCCGAGAGGUUUGAGCUCAGCUUUGUCUGUGCCUGUGAAUCCUGUUCUGGGGACUUCUCAUCUAUAAAAUGCAUUUGCUGGGACCUGAGUCUGUGGACCCACAGCUGCCUACUCUGCCACUGUCCUACUGGGGCAGGGGCCACUGGGAGUGAAGGGACCCACAUUCUAUCGCAGCACCAAGGGCCUUGCUUAUUCCAUAUUGAUUGGCAAGGGCUAGGGCCAAACCUUGUGUGAGAGACCUGUACCCUCAGCUGGGCUUGUGCGGGCUCCCCCGCCUUGCCUCGCCCACCCAGGGAGAAGGGGGAAGUGGAUGUUUGAUCUUCCCUGGCUGGGCAGGUAGCCAGCCACCCCUCCCUGCUGUUCCCACAGGCUAGAGUCUCUCCUCCACUCCCCUCUCCGGAGAGCUAGAGCAGUGGACUCCAGCCGCACAUACCAUACCUCUUCCUGCCUGGGUCGGGGAGGAGGAGCAGGCAGGGGCUUGGGAUCUGAAUCCUGAAGUUCAGUCCCCAUCCCACUUUAGAGAUACAUUCUAGGACUGGGGGGCCAUCCUCAGCCUGGGAGCAGAGGCAUCCUCAAAGGUCAGCUCUGUCCUGACAAUGAGAGGGCAUGGCUAGUGCCAGGUUGUCCUAUGGGGAAGAAAUAGCAGCUGGAGCAGUCAGACCAGCUCUGAUCUGUGUCACCACACCCACCUCUGACAGGAGUUACUCUGGGUAGGUCCCUGCCCCUCCCCUCAGCCAUCAAACCCACACCCAGUUCCCCUUCUGAGUCAGAGAUGACUCACCUGUGGGCACUGGCUAGCCCAGCUGCUUGGGGCUCGGGGAGAUAACUUCCUACAUCUUGUUU